AUGACCAGCUGCAAGGACAUGCCCUACAAGGAGAGGAAGCGCCAAUAUGCGGCACUCCGACGUGCAAUCUUGAAGAAGAACAACCCGGCUUUGACGGCCAAAUUCUCUUUGUGUUCUGACGGUGAUCGGUUUGGGAUGCUCAAAUCGUUUCUCGUGAAUGAAGGAGUGGGGGCUAUAGAAAUCGAAGAGCGCUUCCAAACCUUCGUCAAGAAUUUGCGGACUGACAAAUACACGACGGUCACGAUCUUUCAGUUGGAGAAAAUCUAUGGCACCUCGGAGGAGGCCGCAGCCUUUAUCGAGGCCCUGAUUAAGGGGCAAGCUGGGACGCCGCACCCGCAGGCGCCAGGUGUCGCCAAGGCGAAGAUGUACAAGGUCCUGAAGGAGAUAGUGGAGGAGAAUCAAACUGGCACUUCGGGAUCUUGCAAUGUCAGACUUGGGGGCAGAGUGAAUGAAUCCUCGGCCAAACGAUUGCUUGCGAAGCAGCUGGGUCCAGAGCUUGCUGUACUAGACAACACCGCCUUUGUGGACAUGAAGACGGGAAAGAUCGCAUCCAAGACUCUCGGAUCUAGAGCUGUUUACCCAAUGUUUUCAAUUCUAGCUUUUCUGUGUUGUAUGUGA